GGCAAGCAGGGCAAUAAAGGCGAGAAGGGAGAUGAUGGCAAGAGUGGUUCGUCAGGAAAGACUGGUCAUAUUGGGAGAAGGGGAAAACGAGGGAAACUUGGAGUCAGAGGGACCAGGGGUAUGAGAGGACCAAAAGGUGAAAAGGGAGAAACAGGACUACCAGGACAUCUUGGCUGGCCAGGAAUGAUUGGCGUCCCUGGUUUACGUGGCGAUGUGGGGGAUCUCGGAGGAAAAGGAAAAGAGGGUGAGAAGGGUGACAUGGGCCUACGUGGACCACCCGGACUUGAUGGCCCCAAGGGUAUCCGUGGGCCUGUCGGGUCGCCAGGUGAAGAUGGUCUACAGGGAGAGCAGGGGAAUAUUGGUUCAACGGGACCAAGGGGCAGAACAGGCACACCUGGAUUACCUGGCAUGUUUGGGUUGCAGGGUUUUAAAGGCUAUCAAGGUUUUCCUGGUCUGCCUGGCAGAAGAGGCCUCCCGGGUCCACCUGGUGUUCCUGGAUUACCAGGACCAUCUCUAAACAUGACUUUGACAGAACUCAAGGAACUAAUGUAUGUCUCGGAUAAGCCCAACUACCAUUUGAUCCGGACUCUUCUGGAUUCUCUAGAGCAGGAGCUUCGACGGCUGGUGGAUCCUCCUGAUGGCACCAAAGAGCGCCCUGCCACUACAUGCCAAGAACUUUUGCUCUGCCACCCGGAAUACACCAGUGGAACGUAUUACAUCGACCCAAACCAAGGGAGCCCUGCUGAUGCUCUGCUGGCCUAUUGCAUCUUCUCCAGCACACCAACACAAACCUGCCUUCAUCCUCAACCUUCUCAGCUGCCCAUGAAAGCCUGGAUGGAGGAUUCUUCUGCUGACGGCUCUUUCCAGUGGCUCAGCAGGUUGGACCAAGGCUUUCACUUCGUCUAUCCAGGUGCCAGUGUGGUCCAGAUGCGUUUUCUCAGGUUGCAAAGUAGCACGGCCACGCAGAAGAUGACCUACUCCUGCCACCCAGGACACAUAUUGGGUCAGUCGCAAAGGGACAUCAAAUUCCUCACUGAUACAAGACAGCAAAGUUUCCUGGGAGCGGUUCAAGACUGUGUGGCUGAUGAAAAUACGGUUUCUGGAGUCCGAGAAUCAGUGUUUGAGUUUGAGGACCUCAGCCUGCUUCCCCUGAGAGACGUGGCACCGAUGGGAGGUGGAAACUUUUCACAUCAAUUCGGCUUCAGUGUCGGACCGGUUUGUUUUAGUUAGGAUAGUUUGACACAUGGGACCAUCCCAGAAGACAAACGUCUCAUCUCGCUUCUGAGAAUGACACUUCUUGUUUUUGUACUCGGGAACAUCAUCUCUCCUUUUCUCAUAGAGAACUGUGUUGUUUACAGACACUCUAAAACUGUACGGAAUAAUUUAAAAUGUCUUGUUUUUAAGUUUCCAAUGCGUUGUUUGACAUAAUGUAUAUAAGGUGUGUAUCACAGUUAGCCUAUUUUGUAUAUGCUACUUACCAAACGUUUGGGGUAUUCAUUCGGCUGUCGGGUUGAAAGUUCAGGAUGAACCUAAAAAGUUAAACCUAAAAACCGAUUCUUAAAAACGUCUAACACCAAGUCAAGUUCUACGCCUGCAUGCAGGUCCUGAGAGGCAAAUUGCAAAUAUUGUUUA